UUUCCGUUACACUUCCUGUUUUGAGAGCGGAAUGCGUUUACAGUAUCCCAUAUAAAGGCUUUUAUAUUACAAUAUCCGAUUAUACACAUAUUAAACACGUUUAUAAUAUCGUUAAAUACUUUGAUGGAUGAUUCAUGACUUUGAAGGGGCAUCGGAAUGGAGAAUCGUUGUUAUUCGUGCACAUCAAAGUUCAGUCUCUUCAAAAAGGAGUUGAGCUGUAAAAACUGCGGCCGCUCCUUAUGCUCCAGCUGUUUGACUCUCAGCGCUGUGGUGCCUCGCUGUGGCAACACUCUACAGAAAGUGUGCAAACAGUGCCACGCCGCCCUGACAGGUGCCGGGAAUACUCCUAACAACAACAGCAACAAUAGAUGGUCUCCUCCUGAGAAUUAUAAAAAACGUGUUGCUGCAUUAGAAGCUAAACAACAUGGUCAAUCAUCACAUGCUCCAGGAGGUAGUAUAAAUGCCAAACCUGCCCCACCCAUCCCUAAAGGUCUCAAUAAAGAAGAUCAGGCCAUUGCUGAGAGACUACACAAACUCAAGGAGGAUAUAACUCAAAAAUCCCUCCCAUCUGACAAAGAGCUCGAGUCUCGCCUUGCUGCUUUGAAAGCUCCAAGCAAACCAGUGCCUUCUGCCAAAGAGAUGGAGGACCGCUUGGCAGCUCUAAGGGGCUUGCCUCCCCCAUCUCAAGCUCCUCCACCUGUGCACAAGCCUCCAGACAACAGGACACAGACUGAACAAGCCAAUGAUCUAAUUACUCAAAUGACUGAGGAAGUUGCCAUUGACAACACACAAACAGACGCUGAAAGCAGUGUAGAUUUGGAGUCUAUGAAUGAUUUAAACAAAGUUGAAGCAAGAGCCUUGGAGGAUAAUCUUGAAGAAAAUAAUGAGAACUCCAAGCAGUUAGAGGCUGAAAAGACUCGUGUGCUGGAGGAGGCCAUGCAGGAGCUGAAGAAAGAGAAACACACCCAGGAUGAGAUACUGCAGAUGGCAAAAAGAUUAGCACAGUUGAAAGGACAGGACCCAGACAAAGUUACCAGGGAGGACUUUCAGCGCCCUGACAGUGAUGAAGAGACUGAGGAGGAAGCUGUUCUAAGAGUGUUAAAACAGCUUUCAGAAGAAGCUGCAUUAGAUGAGGCCAGUGGUUAUAAUAUACCCCCAGAAAUGAGUGGGCCCAGAAACACAGAAAAGAAAGCUGUCUCUAAAAAGGCACCAGCAGCUAAAGGUAAAAAUAGAACAACAGCCAUUUCUUAUCAGCAAUCAGACAGUGAUGAUGAAGAGCUCCCAUGGUGCUGCAUCUGUAACCAAGAUGCAACUCUUCGGUGUCACACCUGUGAUGGAGACCUAUACUGCAACCGCUGUUUCAGGGAAGGCCAUGAUAAAUAUGAUAGGAUGGAGCACCGCACUUCCAACUACACUGCACCAAAGAAGAAGAGGAAGACAUGAUACAGGGCUUUUCUGUCUGGUUAGUCAUUGUUAGACUCAAGUGCCCUAAUACUUGCCGCUGUGCUAUUAGCUGGACUCUGUGACACAAAAUAUUUCAACUCCCUUAUAAUGCAUAGAUAAUGUAUACAAAAUCAUUAGAUCAGUAGAUCAGCAUAUAAAUCUAAAACUGUAAAUGUUAUUUUGCAUCAGCAGUAUAAGUAACUCAAGCUACUCAAACUCCAGUUACAGUGUUAACAGCUGCCUGGCGUACAGCACCGAAGUCCAGAUAUCUUGAAGUUUUUUGGCAUGUCCCAAUCCUGGAUAGCAACAAAAGCUUAUCAAAGACGCACUUUGCACUUGUUUGCAAUGGACUAUUUUUGGUCAUAAACACAAACGUUAGUGCUCUGGUAAGACGUACACUCAUCCUAUUGUCACAACUGAAGCUGUUCUAAUAUUUAUCAUCUAUAUUUGUCCCAGAGUUUGAUGUGCUCGUUCGCUUUUUAUCCUAGUGUACAGUUAUAUUUUGAUUAAAUUUAAGUUUUCAGAGGCAUAAAUGGGCCAUAUGUUAGACAGUGGACAAAGUACAGUAAUGGAAGCCCAAAAGACAUAGCAUGUGUGAUAUAGCAUGCAGUGAAGGCCAUACUGCGGUUUGAUCUGAGCAUUACCGUCUAGCUAACUGAGGAGAAACCCUAAUUACCAGUCUCUCUAGGGGGCCUGCUCCAUUAUGGCGUGUAUAGAGGCCGUUACUGCAUGUUUGCCUUUUUGGUCGUGUCGUAUACAAUCACAGACAGGAAAUGGACGAGGCUAAUGGAUGCAUAGUUAAUGGACUUUGCUGCUGUAGUUUUCUCUGUGUUUAUUCCUAGCCUUGACAUGCUGCUUGCUACUCACUUUCUAAAAUCAUAUGCUGACUGUCUUUCCAUUGUGUCUACUGCAUAAUGUCAGACCUUACAAUAAUGUACUAGUUUUAGAGCAAUAACUGCAAGCAAUUCUGGUAGCAGUGUUAUUACAUUUAAGAGUAGAGUAGGAUGUAGAUGUCAGAUGCUCCUGUUUAUAUUUAUUUGUACUGUUCAUCAAUAAAUCAGAUGGUACUAUGAUGU